AUGUCGAUGCAUACGCAUCGCAUCGCGAUCCCCACCAUCCAGUUCGCCACCAAUUCGGGCGCAGGGCAGGAGCAGAAUGAGCGCGCAAAUGAGCCCAGUACGGUCAGGAACCUACCGCCCUGGUCGGACCCGUCUGCAAACGCCGGCGGCUACCAGUUCGACAUCCCGCCCGACACUAUACCUGCCUUCCAGCGCGGACCACCACCUGUCCCAGACGCAUACUACUCGUACGACCCCAACGGCGCAAUGUGCUCUCCUGGCCGUAUGUCCUGGGGCGGGCACCGCCCGCGCAUGCCACAAAUCUACACUGCUGCGUCUGCGCCGGCCCAAUUGCCGCCCUGGUCGACUCUGGCUAGGCCGCAGGCGCUCCCAGGUAGCCCCCAUUACACGCCGUACAACGCGAGCAGCAUGUCGCUCCCUGCCGUUCUGCCCAAUUCCGACGACGGGCGCCGCCCGGGCAUGUUUGCGGGGUCGCCCUCGACGAUCUACUCAGACGAGCGUGUGCAUUUAACGAGAGCGCCGACAUACCAUGGCUACAGACCAUUGUACCAGGGUGCCGACAUCGCCGUAUACGACGACAGGGUACGCGCAGCGCGCCCGACGGACUGGCGGCCAGACUACAAGCCAGCGCGGGGGAUAUUUGGACGCGGACGGCUAUGCAAGCCCGUCAUCCCCACCCCAGUCCGAGCCCGCAGCCGCACCCGCCGCGGCCGCCCACACGCGCUCCUUGAAUACCACUCCCGCAAGCCACCCUCCCUCACCUACAACCUGCGCCACUAUCCCACACCAGAAGAAGUCUUCCUCCCCCAACAGCAGCGCUACGCCACCGAAGCCGACCUCUACCAGCUCGCCCUCGUCCCCGCCGUGCACGACGACAUCUUCCUCUUCCACAAGAAGCUCCCCUGGCUCGUCCGCGUGCGCGCGAGCAACCCCAUCGGCAUCACCGUCCGCGACGUGCUCGAGCAGCUUGGCACCACGUCUACAACGUGGUGCUGA